CUGCUGCUUCUGGGCGUGAGAGUCAGAGGGAGAUUUUCGUACCAAGAGUUCCUGAGUCAGCACAAGGGGAAGUUGUUGGCUUAGGCCUGUAAGUUCAUUUAAAAGCACAACACAGUGGUGAGGUAGGCAAUGGGCAGAGUGAGAGGCAAACCCAGUCCCAGAGUCAUCAGGAGCCUGCGCUUCGAAAACUGGGUUGAGGAAAUGCCUGGAAAGCUGUAUUGUCAAGGGCAGUGUGUCUGAGCUGCUGGCCUGAGGAAGGAAAAAAAAGAGUUGACCAUUCUCAUUGUACAAGGACCACAUUCCGCAAUUCUAAAGGACCAAUCUGCAAAAUGGAAUAAAAUGCCAUCUUAGGACUGUUGUGAGGCAGGAGUGAGGCAUUUCAGUUAUAUUAUACAGAUGUUAGCUGCUGCUGUCUUCUCAGGUGGGAUGGGAAUCAGUCAGAGUUCCUGUUCCUCCCCAGCAUGUGCGCGUGCACAAAGACACACACACCCUCAAAUGGAACCCUGUCGAUGGCCCCUUGCAAACUCCAAAGGUCCACAUACCCCCUAGUUUAGCGGGUCCUUUGGCAGAUGACAGACCACAUCCAGCCUACAGAUUGUUUGUCCUUGCAGUACUUUUUAAAAAUUCAAAUUGAUUGCCACUUUUAAAAAUCAGGAGAUGUUGCAUAAAAAUCUGGUUUUCUGGCUUACGUGGAAGGAGGAAGCUGGUGCUAAGUGGAACUGCUGCCCUCAAUCAGGACAUAGGCUCUUCACUCCCCUGAGGUGGCAUCCCCAUCACAGUACAUCAUUUAAUAGUUGGCCCUGUCUUCCGUAACUACUUGAUAAGGUUAAAUCUAGAAAGAUGCUACCCUGGCGGAUGUCUUUUACUGUAUCAGGCUCCAUGCAGACUCAUCUCAUCACAUUCCAAGGGUUUUGAUUAACCUGGGUAUUUAGUUAAAAGCUGGUCUGUGACGGGUUAAACAUUGAGCUGCAUUAGAUGUAGGCAUCCUGCAUUGGGUUUAAGAUAAAUUUUUAAUGCCUCAUAUUAACUCUCAGAUUUCCUCUUUUUAUCUUGAUAUUUUAAAAACAAUAAAUUAGAAAAGCACGUUGGGUGAGAAACACCUACAAUCAUACUAGCACUAUAGUUCAGCUGUCUUGUUUUCACGUCAUCUUUUUUUUUUUUUUAAGAUUGUUGUAAUGACCAGCAGAGAUACUUUCAUAUCCUACCUUUCGCUUUGUGUUGUAAGUGGGUUUUUUUUUGUUGUUGUUGCUCUGUCGUCUUCCUGAUGCUGUGUUGUCUUCUGCUGGGAGGAUAUAAUUGACCUUCCUUGACUUGACCAUCUCCCCUUAUUUUCCAUUUAGGUCGUUGCCAGCAUUUCUGUUCAGCAAAUGAGACUCUGGGAAAUCUCUGAGCAUAUUCUUUCCAUUUUAGAUCAUUUCCUUAGGAGAAAAUGCUGAAUAGCCCUUUACUGGCUCAAAGAGCAUUUUUAAAGUUUUCUUAAACACGUUGCCAAAUAGCUUUUCAGUAAUUUAGUGCCAGCCUCUGUUCUCACAGAAAUAAGUCUAUCCAAGUUUCCUUAAAAAUAAAUACAUAGCCCCAUAUCUAUAGAUGGGUUUAUAGGUGUGAUUACUGUUUAUAUCACUUUUGUAGGCAUUUUUGCAAUCUGUAUACUUGCUUUAUAAACAGGUUGAGAUGAAGGGAACUACCAGGGUAUCACUCUGGGGUAAACCACACAUACAGGGACCCUCUGCCUCACUUUUCCUGGGUUCACAUGCAUCGAUGGAACACACAGUAGAAGUCACCAACAACUGAGCGUGAUUUUGUGAAAGGGUUUUUUUUCCUUCUCCCUCUGGGUUAGGCCUUUCCUUCCUUGCAUUUCCCUGGCAAGAAACUGAAGUGGAAAUUACCCCUAAAAAAGUCCCACCAGCUGGGUUGAGUCACAAUGUCUUUUCUGCUAAAUCUAUUCCUCCUGUUAGAGUAUAGUUCUAAAAUUAACAUUGAGCAACUUUAAAGCAACAGGACAGCUUGGAAUGAACAUGCCUGCCUUCUCAUUGUUUUAUCCUUCAGAUUGUUGCCAGAUGUGGUAAGGCUGUGGCUUAGAAGGCAGUGGUGUAGGAGACAACGAGAGCCUCCUUUUCCAUCAGUCUGUCCUGGGAAGUUCCUGGGUAUAGUGGCCUAGUUCAGCGAUAUUUAACUGCAUUCCUUACAGUAUGGUUUGUAUUUUUUAAGGAGGGGGGAAAAACACUUCUUCCAAAAAUAUGAGGUUCCAGUUAGACUACUUCGCUGUCAAGUUGAGACCACACGGUGUUAAGUCACACCACAGAGUGUGAUCAGAACAUGCUGAGUAACCAGCCUGGAUGUUGACCACCACAGGGGCACGGAUAGCUGUGACAGCUGAUAAUGGGCACAGCAUUUUCUACUGUCUAACUGACUGCCAGGCCCAGGAGCGUGAAAGCCUGAAGAGAGCGGGACGACCUGACUGGCUGCAGCCCUUGGAGCUGUGCAGUGAAAUGGGCCUGAAUUUGAAGCUAGGAUACGACAAAAUGAGAUCAACAACCCCAAAUUCAACUUUCUGAACCCCAAUGACCCUUACCAUGCAUACUACCGCCACAAGGUCAGCGAGUUCAAGGAGGGGAAAGCUCAGGAGCCCUCAGCUGCCAUUCCCAAGGUCAUGCAGCAGCAGCAACAAGCCACCCAGCAGCAGCUGCCCCAGAAGGUCCAAGCCCAGGUGAUCCAAGAGACCAUUGUGCCCAAAGAGCCCCCUCCUGAGUUUGAGUUCAUCGCAGAUCCACCCUCCAUCUCAGCCUUUGACCUGGAUGUGGUGAAGCUAACGGCUCAGUUUGUGGCCCGGAAUGGGCGCCAGUUUCUGACGCAGCUGAUGCAAAAAGAACAGCGCAACUACCAGUUUGACUUUCUUCGCCCGCAACAUAGCCUCUUCAACUACUUUACAAAGCUGGUGGAGCAGUAUACCAAGAUCUUGAUUCCACCAAAAGGCUUACUUGUAAAGCUCAAGAAAGAAGCUGAAAAUCCCCGAGAAGUUCUGGAUCAGGUGUGCUACCGAGUGGAGUGGGCCAAGUUCCAGGAACGUGAGAGAAAAAAAGAGGAGGAGGAGAAGGAGAAGGAGCGGGUGGCCUAUGCUCAGAUUGACUGGCAUGAUUUCGUGGUAGUGGAAACAGUGGACUUCCAGCCCAACGAACAAGGGAACUUCCCUCCUCCCACCACCCCUGAGGAGCUGGGGGCCCGAAUCCUCAUCCAGGAGCGCUAUGAGAAGUUUGGGGAGAGUGAGGAGGUUGAGAUGGAGGUCGAGUCUGAUGAGGAGGACGAGAAACAGGAUAAGGCAGAAGAGCCUCCUUCCCAGCUUGACCAGGACACCCAAGUGCAGGACAUGGAUGAGGGUUCAGAUGAUGAAGAAGAAGGGCAGAAAGUGCCCCCACCCCCAGAGACACCCAUGCCUCCACCUCUGCCCCCUACUCCAGACCAAGUAAUUGUCCGUAAAGACUAUGACCCCAAAGCAUCCAAGCCGCUGCCUCCAGCUCCUGCUCCAGAUGAGUAUCUUGUGUCCCCCAUCACGGGGGAGAAGAUCCCCGCCAGCAAAAUGCAGGAGCACAUGCGCAUUGGGCUUCUUGACCCCCGCUGGCUGGAGCAGCGCGAUCGCUCCAUCCGAGAGAAGCAGAGCGAUGAUGAGGUGUAUGCGCCAGGCCUGGAUAUUGAGAGCAGCUUAAAACAGUUGGCUGAACGGCGUACCGAUAUCUUCGGUGUGGAGGAAACAGCCAUUGGUAAGAAGAUCGGUGAGGAGGAGAUCCAGAAGCCAGAGGAAAAGGUGACCUGGGAUGGCCACUCGGGCAGCAUGGCCCGGACCCAACAGGCUGCCCAGGCCAAUAUCACCCUCCAGGAGCAGAUUGAAGCCAUCCACAAGGCCAAGGGCCUGGUGCCGGAAGACGACACCAAAGAGAAAAUUGGCCCCAGCAAGCCCAAUGAAAUCCCCCAGCAGCCACCACCUCCAUCCUCAGCCACCAGUAUCCCCAGCUCAGCCCCACCCAUCACCUCUGUGCCCCGACCACCCACGGUUCCUCUACCCCGACAGAUGCCGCCUCCUGUCCGCACCACAGUGGUGUCUGCAGUGCCCGUCAUGCCCCGGCCCCCGAUGGCAUCCGUGGUCCGCUUGCCCCCAGGCUCAGUGAUCGCCCCCAUGCCACCCAUCAUCCACGCGCCCAGGAUCAACGUGGUGCCCAUGCCUCCCUCAGCACCCCCUAUUAUGGCACCCCGCCCACCCCCCAUGAUUGUGCCAACAGCCUUUGUGCCUGCUCCACCUGUGGCACCCGUCCCAGCUCCGGCCCCAAUGCCCCCUGUCCACCCUCCACCUCCCAUGGAAGAUGAGCCUACCUCUAAGAAACUGAAGACAGAAGACAGUCUCAUGCCUGAGGAGGAGUUCCUGCGCAGAAACAAGGGUCCGGUGUCCAUCAAAGUCCAGGUGCCCAACAUGCAGGAUAAGACGGAAUGGAAACUGAAUGGGCAGGUGCUGGUCUUCACCCUCCCACUCACAGACCAGGUCUCUGUCAUCAAGGUAAAGAUUCAUGAAGCUACAGGCAUGCCUGCAGGGAAACAGAAGCUACAGUAUGAGGGCAUCUUCAUCAAGGAUUCCAACUCGCUGGCGUACUAUAACAUGGCUAACGGUGCCAUUAUCCACCUGGCCCUCAAGGAGAGAGGUGGGAGGAAGAAGUAGAAGAGAGCAACCUGCUGUCAGGUCCCAGCCACUGCCAUUUAUCUCUCCUGUCCCCAAACUGCCUGCUCAUUUGUUUUCCUUUGACUCUCUGUGGACGUUCAGAUUGAUCCUACAGAGUUUCUUUCACUCCACCAGUUCCCUGUUGGGUAGUAUAGCAGGACUUUCUAAACCACUUUUCCUCGCAGUGGUUUCUGGAAUCCCUUUGUGUCAGAGUCUGGAUUGGAGGGGAUUUGUUUUUUCAGGAUGCCCAUUAGGAAAUGAAAGCCCAGCGAUGGCCCAUGGAAUAGUUGCCUAGUGCCAGGUGGUACUGGGCUGAGAGAAUAUGGUUAUCAUCAUCAUGAAUUAUUUUGUAUCUUGCUGUGGGCUAUCAAUAAACUUCUUGGACCCUU